AUGCCCCAGGAAUACAAACUAAAGGACAUCUCCUCCUUCGCAUCCCUCAACUCUCUAGACAAGGUCGAGGUUGAAAUCGAAGGCAUUGAGGAUGGGAAGGUUCUCCUCGUGAAGCUGAACGAUAAAGUCUAUGCCCUUAGUCCACGGUGCACGCAUUACGGAGCACCACUGAAGAAUGGCGUUGUCACUGCAGAAGGGAGGAUUACAUGUCCCUGGCAUGGAGCCUGCUACAAUGUCGCAACUGGCGAUGUUGAAGAUGCUCCAGCUCCCAACGCGCUGAACAAAUUCGAGGUCUUCGAAAGAGCAGGCGGCGUCUACAUCCUUGCCAAAGAAGAAGAUGUCAAAGCAGGACAGCGCAAUCCAGUUGUGAAAUGCACUGUGUCACAGCCAAAGGAGAAGGUUGUUGUGAUUGGAGGAGGAAGUGGAACUCUUGGCCUUAUCCAAGCUCUCCGCGAGCUAAAAUACCCCGGGGCGAUCACAAUCAUCUCCAAAGAGCCCGAUCUGAUCAUAGAUCGAACCAAGCUAUCCAAAGCCCUAAUCACGGACGCAGCCAAAAUCCAAUGGCGACCACGAGAGUGGUAUGCUGAAGCCGCCAUAGAAACUAUCACAGAUGAAGUGACUGCCGUGGACUUCGAACAGAAAUCCAUCUCCACCAAAUCCGGCCAAAACAUCCCCUACACCAAACUAGUCCUAGCAUCAGGCGGCACCCCACGCAGACUCCCGCUACAAGGCUUCAAAGGCGAGCUCAAGAACGUCUUCACCCUUCGCACCAUCCAAGAUGUCCGAUCAAUCCUCGCAGCAGCCGGCGAAGAGAGAAGAAACAUCGUGGUAAUCGGCAGCUCCUUCAUCGGCAUGGAAGUCGGCAACGCGCUCUCAAAAUCCCACAAUGUGACAAUAGUAGGCAUGGAAACCUCGCCAAUGGAGCGUGUAAUGGGCGCACAAGUCGGCCGCAUCUUCCAAUCAAACCUAGAAAAAGCCGGCAUCAAAUUCCACCUCUCAGCGAACGUGAGCCAUGCUACAGCCUCCUCCUCAGAUCCGCACACCGUCGGUACUGUCCAUCUAAAGAACGGAACAAGCCUCCCAGCCGACCUUGUCAUUCAAGGCGUGGGCGUCCGCCCAGCGACAGACUUCCUUCACGACAACAAAUCCAUAACCCUUGAGAAAGACGGCUCCGUCAAAACAACCCCCCACUUCGUCGUGCCGGGCUUGCAAGACUCCGUCUUCGCCGUCGGCGAUAUAGCAACAUACCCCUACCACGGUCCCGGCGCUGACCCUGCCGGCUCGCCAGUCCGCAUCGAGCACUGGGACGUCGCGCAGAACGCGGGCCGUGCUGCUGCACGAGCAAUCGUGCAUGCGCUGUGUGGUCCGCUGUCGUCCCUGAAACAUAAGGUGUUUAUUCCGGUGUUUUGGUCCGCGCUUGGGGCGCAGUUGCGGUACUGUGGAAAUCCCAUUAACGGGUAUGACGAUGUUAUUUUGCAGGAGAAGGGGGAGGCGAAAUUCGUUGCGUUCUAUACGGCUGGAGAGACCGUUGUGGCGGUUGCCACUAUGGGAGUUGAUCCGGUUAUGGUUAAGUCUGCAGAGCUGAUGAGAGUCGGGAAGAUGCCGAGCAAGGGAGAUAUUGCUGGUGGUACGGAUGUUUUGAGUCUUAAGGUUUAG